CCUGUCUCUUUAACCAGAGCCGCCUUUCCGCUUUAUUUCGCGAGAUUUUAGCUUGGCGCCGUGAGCCCCCAUGUGAGAAGCAGUUUCCUAGUAAACACUCCCUUUGCAGCUUAGCCAUGGCUUCCCAUCCCUUGUAAAAAUAGAUCCAAAACAUCACCAAGGGGCACCUCGGCGAGACAAGCGACACAUUAGCUGUGGACUCGGUGCUGCUCGCCCUCCCUCAUCCCCGCCAGGCGUUUUUAUUUUAUUUUUAAUUCUCUUUUGUUGGCUCAUCUGCCGUUCUCUUAACUCAUAUUUUUUUGUCGCAAGCCACAUUAUUAAGAAGGGCAUAGGAAGAUUGCACGGAUUAAACUGGUGCUUUUAUAUUGCUUCUCCACUGGUGCUAAGUGGGCAGCGCCACAAUGUGGAUCCAGGUCCGAACCAUAGAUGGCUCCGAAACCCACACCAUAGACGACUUGUCGCGGCUGACCAAGAUUGAGAGUCUGAGGCUGAAGAUCCAGGACACCUUCAACGUCACACCAGACCGGCAAAGGCUCUUCUACCGGGGCAAACAGCUAGAAGAUGGACAUACCCUUUUUGACUAUAAUGUUGGCUUGAAUGACAUCGUCCAGCUAUUAAUUCGCUCACAGUCAGAUGGUUCUACUUCUUCCCUGAAGAAAAAAGAUGGGGAUAGGGCUCACAGUAAUGCUACCAACAAGUCCAGAGUCAGCGCAACUUCCGCUCUGCCAUCAACAUCAGCGAGAGCAUUCCUCAUUGAUCCAGGCAUUGGAAUUUAUAAGAUUAACGAGUUGGUCGAUGCCCGUGAUGUCAGUAUAGGAGCCUGGUUUGAAGCUCAUGUUGAGAAUGUCACCCAGAAUAAAAAAGCACAGAAGAAUGGCAAAGCUUACUUGAAAGGUGGACAUUCUUACAGAGGAACCAAUGGAAACCUGGAACAUUCAAGAGAAAACUCCCAUGUUGUGGAUUCUAACCCUUCAACUUCUUAUAAUGACAUUUUGGAUGACGAUGAAAAUAUUAUUUAUCACAUCAAGUAUGACGAUUAUCCAGAAAAUGGUUUGGUGGAAAUGAAGUUGCCCAACCUGCGGCCAAGAGCAAGAACUUUACUAAAGUGGAGUGAUUUCAAAAUUGGUGACAAAGUCAUGGUGAACUACAAUGUCGAAACUCCAGAGGAGCGUGGAUUCUGGUUUGAUGCUGAAAUAACAAACCUGAAGGAAAUGUCAAGAACUAAUAAAGAAGUUUUUGCUAAGAUAUUUUUGGGUGGCCCUGAGGAUGUAAUAAAUGACUGCAAGAUAACAUUUGCAGAUGAAAUAUACAAAAUAGAAAAGCCUGGAGCUUACCCACUAUCAUCUGGCGAUGGCGAAUUCAAAAGAAAAAGUGGGCCUGAGUGUAAGCACUGUAAAGCAGAUCCAGAAACCGAAUGCAGGUUCUGUUCAUGCUAUGUGUGCGGUGGAAAGCAGGAUGCUCACAUGCAACUUCUAUGUGAUGAAUGCAACAUGGCUUACCAUAUAUACUGCCUGAAUCCACCUUUAGAAAAGAUACCAGAAGAUGAAGACUGGUAUUGCCCUUCCUGUAAAAAUGAUGCUACAGAAGUGGUAAAAGCUGGUGAAAAACUGAAGCAGAGUAAAAAGAAAGCAAAGAUGCCUUCCGCAAGCACUGAAAGCCAGAGGGACUGGGGAAAGGGAAUGGCUUGUGUUGGCCGCACAAAGGAAUGCACUAUUGUUCCAUCCAAUCACUAUGGCCCUAUCCCAGGGGUCCCUGUUGGUGCUACAUGGAAGUUCAGAGUGCAGGUUAGCGAAGCCGGUGUCCACAGACCUCAUGUGGGCGGCAUCCAUGGGCGCAGCAAUGAUGGGUCCUAUUCUCUUGUUUUAGCUGGAGGUUUUGAAGAUGAAGUGGAUCGAGGUGAUGAAUUCACCUAUACAGGGAGUGGUGGCCGUGAUCUUUCUGGAAACAAAAGAAUUGGUGAACAUUCUUUUGAUCAGACAUUGACUCACAUGAACAGGGCCCUGGCCCUAAACUGUGAUGCGGCUCUGAACGAUAAAGAUGGUGCAGAAUCGAAGAACUGGAGAGCUGGGAAGCCAGUCCGUGUGGUUCGUAGUUCUAAGGGUCGCAGAAUCAGCAAAUAUGCCCCUGAAGAUGGCAACAGAUAUGAUGGCAUUUACAAGGUUGUUAAAUACUGGCCGGAAAUAGGCAAGUGUGGGUUUCUGGUCUGGCGCUACCUUCUAAGGCGUGAUGAUGCUGAGCCUGCUCCCUGGACUCCAGAAGGCAUGGAGCGGUCAAAAAACCUAGGCCUUACAUUACAGUUCCCUGAAGGGUAUUUGGAAGCUAUGGCUAACAAAGAAAAGAAGGAUAAGGUGAAAAAGCCUGUAAGAUCAGAGACCAGCAGCCCAGUCAAUCAGAAUCUCCACAACAGCAGCAACACAGCAAACCAGCAGCCACCAAGCAGCCCAGAGCAAGCCACUAGUCCAGUCAGACGAGUGAGUCAGAAGUUCAGCUGCAGCCAAAGCAAUGGGAACCAGAAAAGAGCAGUGGAAGAUGAGGACAAAGAGAUCAAGCCCCCUGUCAAGUCUAUGAAACUGUCAGAAGAUUCAAAAGGAGAGGCUUUCCAGCUCACUCAGCAACAGCAGUGGUUGAUAGGAGAGGACACACUGAAUCAGAAACUAUGGGACGAAGUGCUCGUAUCCAUCAAGGAAGGACCUAAAUUUCUAAAGAACGUUGAACAAUCUUUCAUGUGUGUCUGCUGCCAGGAGCUUGUAUACCAACCUGUCACAACUGCGUGCCUCCAUAAUGUGUGCAAAAGCUGCCUGCAACGUUCUUUCCGAGCAGAGGUCUACACCUGUCCUGCUUGUCGCUAUGAUCUAGGCAAGUCAUACAACAUGGUUGCUAACAAAAUUUUACAAACGCUUCUUGACCAGUUUUUCCCUGGAUAUAGCAAAGGCCGGUGAUUUUUUUUUUUUUUAGGCUUUUGUGGCUUGUUCUCUUUUUGACUUUUUAUAAAAUUUUAACAGACAUAUAAGACAAUUUAAAAGUAAAACAGAUUAGCAGUGGACCAACAGCAUCCAUGGAAAUCAGUAAAAAAACGACACAUCUUAUUCUCAAAAGUUCAUUUUUGGACAAUACCAUCAUCGCUCCCCAUUUUGAAUAACCAUAAUGACGGACUGGCUGACACAUUUAAGGUCCUACUUGUUUAAUUUGGCUGCCCAUGAACAUCAGAAGAAUGAAUGUGUGGAGAGACACAAAAAUCAGGACAACUGGUGUUGAGCAAACCCACUGCCUCUUGGAUGGUUAGUUGUGUCUGGUCUAUAAGAUUUAUCAGCUCUGGUAGGACCACAACUUGUUGACUCUUCUAGGGCUUAAGGGAGCAAAGUUCACUGACAGCACUUAGAACAUUUUUAGAUUUAAAAUCAGCAGUUUACUGUGCUUUACCCCCCCCCCCUCUUCUUUCCUGGAUUCAUUCUAUACUGUUUCUGCAUUACCUUUUUUUUAUUUUGCAAAGCCUAUUUGUAGUUUAUUAUGUUAAGCUUUUCUGCAGGUUGACUACUAAUAACAAUAUGUAUGCGUUGUUGCUGCAUUAAUGUAAGUGAUCUGUGUUGUUAAUUUUUUUUCUGUUUUUUUUUUUUGUUUUUACUUUUUCGCUCAUGUUUUCUGCACUUAGAAAUAAUCAAGUCAAUCUAGCUAGGUAAAGAAUAUUUUCUAUAAGUGGUCACUUUUGUAUCAUUUUAAAAUGGUAUGACUUGUAUAUGAUAAAUGGUAAUACCGAGCAUUGCUGGUGGGUGCUAGUCAUAGGUCUGAGGGUCUGAAAUGGUUUCCUUUUGUGAUCUCAAAUUUUAUACAACUUAGAAUCCCAGAAAUAUACCUUAUUAAAUAUUUUCUGACUCUUGAAAUGAAGCUUAUGAUUUUUGCUGCUCUAUGCUACAGUACAGUAGAUGUAGUGAAUUAACCUUGUUUUGGACAAUGUUUUAUAUAUAUAUAUAUAUAUAUAUAUAUAUAUAUAUAUACAUUUAUUGUCAGAUUUUCUAAGAAAAUGCCCCUUUUCUGAGCUUUGUUACAUGAGCUUGUGUUUCGAUACUGGCAUAAAGUGACUUCUGUAUUGUUGGUUGUAUGAUCAUCUGGUUAGUAGGGAUGAAGAAGCAUGUUCAUAGCCAUCUGGUUUUUGUAAGGUCAGAAGAUUGUUACCACUAUAUAACAGCCUCAUAUUAUUUAUAACCAUAUAAUGACUUUUCAUUGUGGUCAUGGAAAUGUUUUUUCCCCCUAUUUUCCCCUUUUUAAUGCAAAUAAACCACUAUGCUGCUGGA